GUGUAUUUCGGCAGCAGAAAAACUUGAAGAUGCGUCACAUAUAACUGAGAUUAUAUGGAUGAAUCUAGGUUCUAAUCUAAAAAGUGAAACAAGCAAGUACCUGUUUAAUUUGCACUUCAAGAACAAUGGAAAGCAACAUCAAAGUGGCAGUAAGGGUUCGUCCAAUGAUCCAAAGAGAAUAUGAUUUGAAUUCAACAUGUAUUGUCCAUAUGAGUGGUAACCAGACGAUCCUGAAACCUGCUCCAACUGACACAAGAAAAUCCACAAAGGAAUUUUUUUUUGACCAUUCUUUUUGGUCUGCAAAUAAAUCAGAUCCUAUUUUGUAUGCAGGGCAAGAAGAAAUUUUCAAAAGCCUUGGGGAAGGUGUUCUUCAAAAUAUUUCUGAAGGAUACAAUGCAUGUAUUAUUGCCUAUGGACAAACAGGAUCGGGAAAAACAUAUUCAAUGAUGGGAAAUGAAGAUGAGCCUGGUUUGAUACCAAGGAUCUGUUCUGAGUUGUUUAAUAAAACAGAUGAUUCAAAAAUGUUGAGAGUAGAAGUAUCCUAUGUGGAAAUAUACAAUGAGAAGGUGAUAGACCUAUUACAGCAUCAUCCAAAAACUAAAACACUUCAAGUUCGAGAACACAAGGUACUUGGGCCGUAUAUUGAAGGUUUGUCUCAGUUUGCUGUCAGUAACUUUGAGAAGAUAAAUUUGCUGAUAACAGAAGGAAAUAAAUCGAGAAAAAUGGCUGUAACUAAAAUGAAUGAAAUAAGCAGCCGUUCACAUGCUAUUUUCACUCUCACAGUGACUCAAACAUAUUACAAGAAUGACAAAGGACCCACUAGAGAACUUCUCAGUAAGGUCAGUCUGGUGGAUCUUGCUGGUAGUGAAAAAAUUUCCAAAUCAGGAGCUGAGGGAGAUCAAUUUAAAGAAACUAGUAACAUCAACAAGUCUCUCACUGCUCUUGGAUUAGUUAUCUCAUCGUUGUCUGGUAAUUUAAAGGGCAAACGAAAAAGUCAGUUUGUGAAUUAUAGAGAUUCUGUACUCACCUGGUUAUUAAAAAACAGUUUGGGAGGAAAUAGCAAAACAGUCAUGCUAGCCACCAUCAGCCCAGCUUCAGAUAAUUACUCUGAAUCACUUUCUACAUUGCAAUUUCUUGAAAGGGCCAAAAAUAUAGUCAACAAAGCUGUUGUCAAUGAGGACACCAAAUCUAGAGCUAUAGAGGAGCUGCAAGAAGAAGUGAUAAGACUUAAUGAAGAAUUGAGACAAUCCGAUGCAAGUAAACUAAAAGAGCUUCAAGGAAAACUGAAAGAAUCUGAAAAUCUUCUCAGCGAAUUAAAUACAACAUGGGAGGAUAAACUGAAACAAACUGAAGCAGCAGCUCAAGAGAUUUAUAGACAUUUACUGAUGAUGGGUAUUUCAAUAGAGGCAGAGGGUAUCAAGAGCGACCCUGACAAAUGUUAUCUUAUUAAUCUAAGUCAUAAUCCAGAAUCCAGCAAUUUUUUGAUAUAUUAUUUAAAAGCUAAAACAAUUAUAGGUUCUGGAGCUUUUCAAGGUAUUCAGCUUGGUGACCCUGGAAUUGAACAAGAUCAUUGCAUCAUUGACAUGACACCAGAUGGAAAUGUUACUUUAAUUCCAAAGGAAAAUUCCAAAAUUUAUGUGAAUGGCUCCCUGGUUCUAAAUUGUAUAGAGUUAUACAAUAAAGACAAAAUUCUCCUGGGACAAAAUAGCUUGUUCAUGAUAAAUAUCCCAAAGAAAAAGGCCCAAAAACCAGAUGCUGACAAUAGUUCAAAUGUCUCUCCAGAUGCUGACAAUGGUUCAAAUGUCUAUUUAGAUGCUGAUAGUGGUUCAAAUGUCUCUUUAGAAUCUAACAAUGGUUCAAAUGUCUCUCCAGAUGCUGACAAUAGUUCAAAUGUCUCUCCAGAUGCUGCCAAGGGUUCAAAUAUCUUUUUAGAUGCUGACAAUGGUUCAAAUGUCUCUUUAGAUGCUGACAAUGGUUCAAAUGUCUCUCCGGAUGCUGCCAAUAGUUCAAAUGUCUCUUUAGAUACUGACAAUGGUUUAAAUGUUUCUCCAGAUGCUGACAAUGGUUCAAAUGUCUCUUUAGAUGUUGACAAUGGUUCAAAUGUCUCUCCAGAUGCUGACAAUGGUUCAAAUGUCUCUUUAGAUGCUGACAAUGAUUCAAAUGUCUCUUUAGAUGCUGACAAUGGUUCAAAUGUCUCUCCAGAUGCUGACAAUGGUUCAAAUAUCUCUCCAGAUGCUGAAAAUGGUUCAAAUGUCUCUCUAGAUGCUGACAAUGGUUCAAAUGUCACUUUAGAUGCUGACAUUGGUUCAAAUGUCUCUCCAGAUGCUGACAAUGGUUCAAAUGUCUCUUUAGAUGUGAAUGAUGCUGCCCGUGAUUCAUAUAGAUCUCUGGGUGAGAAUAAUACUGGCAAUGUUCUCAAAAAUUAUCCAGAAAGAGUUGAUGGGUAUGCUUCCAAUAACUCUCCUGAUCAUUGUAAUUCUAAUUAUAAAUCCAACAUUCCUCAAGAUCUUAAAAAUUCUGAGAAUAGUUUCAAUACUUUACCAAGUCAAAAAGAAAAGGAUUAUAGCACACAACAUUUUAAUGCAAAUGAAUCAAGCAUAUCACCUGAACAAAAAUAUGCUGUUAACAUAACUACAACAAUUAUAGUUUCAGAUAAUUCUCCAAAUAAUAAAGAAUAUGAAAAUGGUUCUACAGAUCAGAAAUAUCCUAAUGAUUCUUUCAAUGUCCCUUCAGAUGUAGACAAUCCUUCAAGUAUCUCUUUAUAUCAGAAAAAUGCUGCCCAGAAUUCAUAUACCUCUCCAGGUGAUAAUAUCACCAAUGUUCUCAAUAUACCCCCAGAAAAAAACAAUGGGAAUGUUUCCCAAAACUUGCUUGAUCGUUGUAAUUCUAACAACAAAUCCAGCAUGUCUCAAGAUUUUCAAAAUGCUGAGAAUGAUUUCAAUAAUGCACCAAACUAUAAAGAUAUUAAUUAUGGUCCAGAAAAUUCUUCAGAAGACUUCUAUACUGAAAAUGAUUCCAAAGCGUUUCAUUCACAGACGAUAGCCAGUCCACCGAGGUCAUCUGAUCCAAAGAUCACAACUCACACACAGGAAUUCUCUGAGCAGAUUCAUAGUUCAGAAAACAAAUUGAUGGAAAUUCUUCAGAUGAAUUUUGAUGGAUGGUUGAAUGACUUGAGAUCUGAAUGCAUAGUAACUACUGAAGAAUGUGAUGCAGUGAUUAAUAGAGAUGACAUCAAAAGCAAAAUAAAACUAUUAAUAAAAAUCAUACUUCAGAAGGAUGAACAUAUCUGCAAAAAAUUUUAUAUUCUUCUAUGCAAAGAUCAUGAUCAGACAAAUAAAGAUUCACAAGUUUUUCAUCAAGAAAAAAACUUUGGAAAUACAGAUAUAAAAGAAGUUAAUUCUUAUGAAGAACUUCAUAAAGAUAAAAGAACCAGAUCUGAAGCUUUGUAUAAGUUGAUGGAAAUGGAAACACACAGAACCUCCAAGUUAACUCUAAAACAUGCUCUUGAAAUUGGUCCAGAAUGCACAGCGGGAAGAAAUAAGGGGUCAACUGGAAGUAUUAUCUAUAAGUUUCUGCAUAACCUCAUGGCAUUGAAUGUAGCUGCAAGGAACUGUAAUUUAGACCUGAUAAACAAAGAUGUUGUUAAUAAUGAUAUUUAUGAAGAUAAUAAUCGGAAUUGGGAAAUAAACACAGAUAGUAAAAUCCAUCCCCUAGAUAUUCUCUGUGUUCUCCUACACUGCUCAAAUAGCUUUUUGCAGCAAGAAAUAUUUUCAAAAAUGUGUAUGUGCCAGUUUGCUGUUCCUCUGCUGCUUCCGGAUGUUGAUGAACCAGAUUUUACCCUAAUGCUGUGGGCAAUGAGAGAUAUUGUGAAGAAGUGGAGACCACAAUCAUUAGCAGAUACUAAAGGGUUUAAAGAAGACAACUUGGUACAAAUAAGGAUGCCGGUUUUCUCUUUUGUUAGAUUGGGAAACUGUAAUGUAUCAAAGUCUAAAGUUCUCAAUCAAGUCCUCAGCCCAGAUCAGCAGUAUCACGACUUCUUUAUACACAGAAAUAUGGAAGGCGGUAAUGUUCCCCGGCAAGUCUCCAGUGGGUUAGUCGAAAUAUGCUGGUAUUUUCCUGCUGACAAAAAAAAAUCUGAUGUAUUUUCAGAACCAGUUUCUGUUACAAAUCUGAGAGGUGAUCUAGAGUCUAACCUAAAGCAAUUCCACUUCUUAACACAAAUAUCAACAGCAGUUUUUAUUAUUGCUGAAAGUAUCAAUAAUGAGCAAUACCAGCAACUGAUGAAAGUAAAUGACUCAAAGCUAAAGUAUUUCUUCAUUAUAGUUCCCACAGAUGGGAAGCCAGACAAAGCUACACAGGAGUUCCUAGAGUUGUUUGUAAGUAGCAACACAGCCAACGUCCUAGUAAAGACUAAAGCUACCAAUAAAGCAACAUUUGUAAAAAAUAUUCGCUUAGCUAUUGUCAAGUUAGUACACAAUAGCUCAAAUUACCUUAGUCUGGAAAAUAUGGUGCAAAUAGCCAAGGAUCUUAAAAUCUUUAUAGAUGAGAACUCAGAUAAAUGCCAAAAGGCAAAAGAAGAUGCAAAGAAAAUUACUGAGAAGAUGCAAGAUGUGGUAGAGUACAAAAGGGAAACUAUGACGUUACAGGGUGUUCUUUGGAAAGAAUUGGCCAAAUUAGAAAAAGAAAUGUGUCAAAUGAAAAGACAAGGGAACAUUGAUUGUCAAAGAUAUAAAAGUAAGUUAGCCAAGGAUGUGGAGAAAAUACGUAAGCAACAAUAUGACCUCAUGGUCCCAGAUGACAUGACCAAUUUUAUUAAAGCAUUGACAAAAAAGAGCCAGGUUGAAAAGUGGUAUUUUUUAAAAUGGAUGAAGUUUUAUCUCGACUUAGCUGCAAGAAAUAAACUCUCUGCUAUGCAAAAUGAGUAUAAAGAAAAAUGUAAAAAUGCAAGUAACCAAGAUCUAGCAAAACUGGAUCAGAAGAUAUCAGAUGGUUCGUUAGGAGUUGAGCAUUUCAUGAGAGAGUUAGGUCAGUUAUAUGAGGCUGAAUACUUCACAACAAGAGAAAACACAUAUAAAAAACAAAGUGGUCUCCCAGGAAUAGCUGCUGAUCUCCUGCUGGAUGGGUUCCCAUUUGAGCUAAUUGAUGGAGAUGCUUCCAACAUCCCCCUGCAGUGGGUAACUGAUGUCCUGACUGAGCUGGACAACAAGACAGGAGGAGGGUGCAGAUUGAGGGUACUAACUGUGCUGGGGGUACAGAGCACAGGGAAAUCUACCCUUCUGAACACCAUGUUUGGGUUGCAGUUUCCUGUGGCUAGUGGGCGCUGCACACGAGGAGCCUUCAUGACACUAAUUAAAGUGAAAAAAGACUUCCAGAAGGAAAUGAAAUGUGAUUUUAUUCUGGUGAUUGACACUGAAGGUUUGAAGGCUCCUGAACUGGCUUCUCUUGUGGAAAGUUAUGAACAUGACAAUGAGCUGGCUACACUAGUUAUUGGGUUGAGUGACAUCACUAUAAUUAAUAUGGCCAUGGAAAAUUCUACCGAGAUGAAAGAUAUUUUGCAGAUUGUGGUUCAUGCAUUUCUUAGGAUGAAACAAAUAGGGCAUAAACCCAACUGCCAGUUUGUACAUCAGAAUGUAAGUGAUGUAUCUGCUCAUGAAAAGAAUAUGAGAGACAGAAAGAAACUCUUAGAACAACUAAACGAAAUGACAAGACUUGCAGCAAGUAUGGAGAAAAAAUACAAUAUCACAGCUUUUUCUGAUAUUAUGGAAUAUGAUCUUGAGGAGCACAAUUGGUACAUCCCUGGUCUAUGGCAUGGAUUCCCCCCCAUGGCUCCUGUAAGUUCUGGGUAUAGUGAAAACAUAUAUGAGUUGAAGACCUAUCUAAUCAAAUUUUUGAAAAUGUCUUCGAAGAAAGCAAAGACAAUACCUGAGUUUAUUACAUGGAUUACAAGCUUGUGGAAUUCUGUGAAACAUGAGAAUUUUAUAUUUAGCUUUAGAAAUAGUCUGGUUGCCAGAGCAUACAACCAGCUGUCUAAAAAGUACUUAGAGCUAGAGUGGGGAUUCAGAAGAGCAAUGCAUAAAUGGGUAACAGAGACUGAAGCUUUAAUCAAGAAUCAGUCUGCAGAGAAUCUAGAAGCAAAAGGCAAUGAGUGUAUUAGAGUUGCCUUAAGCAUUGUCAAACAGGAGGAAAACAAAAUGCUGUCAGAGUUAGAGGACUUUUUCAAAAGAGAAACAGAACUUGUUCCAUUAAUUGAAAGAUACAGGGCAGAUUUUUUUCUCAGUGCACAAACCCUCAGAGAAAGGCAUGAAAGAGAUUUAACUGAUAAAUGUAAGGAAGCCAUUAGAAAACAAAAGGAACAUCACAAGAUUCAGGGCAUACAGGAUAAAUACAUAAAAACCAUUGAGAAGAAGGUGUAUUCUCUGUUGAAGAAAUGUAAAGAGGGAAGGAGUAAUGCUAGUGAUGAAGAGCUGUCCAAAGAGUUUAAAACUAUGUGGAAUGAUACAGUGAAGGACUUGGAUGUGACCCCAUUACCAAAACGUAACAUAGAGAGUGAAAUGUUGACCACACUCCAUAAAAACAUGCAUGUGAAAGGAUCUUCUGUUAAUGAAAAAUUACACAAUUUAAAGGGUUUACCUAAACCUGAAAGCAAUCAGCCACAUGAUGCAGAAAGAUCUUUGAAGGUUCUUGUAAAAUCUUUUUAUUAUAAGUAUAUAGCACCGAAGAAUCCCAGUAACUUAGAUAAUUUUACUAAACAUGUGUCAGAUAAAUGUGCAAAAUCAGUAGCAAAACUUACAAAGGAAGAUACUGACUAUAAUGACACAUAUUGUCACAAUCUUCUCCAUAUCGUAGAUGAAUGCUGUAAAGAAGAUUAUGCUAAAGACCUUCAGAUCACCGCUGUUGUUGAACUGGAGCUGAAGCUGCAGGUUUUGGGUAAUGCGCUAAAUAAAUUUCAACAGAUGCAUGAGAAGUUUGUGAAGACAAAUGACCAUAUUUACCGUCUUGAACAACUUAGACCAAAAUACUUUAAUCUCUUUAAAAAUGUGUUUCAUGAGAAAGAUGAGAUUCAGAAUCGCGCCAAACAUUUCUGUGACCAUUGUCUAAAGCCUGCUCUGAUAGAUCACAUUAAUGGUAGGUUGGGUAUAGAAAUUGUGGAUGACAUAUUAAGCAGUGGAGACAGCAAGGACUACAGCACUCGCUCUGUCUUCCAGUUUACUGUACUGAAGCAAAUGCUUGAAGACAAUGAUUUUAACCACUAUGUGCAAUACAGCAGCAAUUAUGAAGAUUUUAUCAAAAACUGGAUAUUGAGAUACAUUUUUAAAAAAUAUACUAACUUUCAAACAUUGCAGCUUAAAAUUCUUUCCCUUGUCACUAAAAAGGUCAGACACAGUCUCAACAGUUCAGGGAUAUUAGAAAGCAAAAAUGUUUCAGAAUUUCUUACAAAUCUCACUGAGAUGCUAGGGAAGGAGUUGGUGAUAUCACAGGAUGAGAUGAAAGUGAUCAUUUUCCAAAACACAGCAAAUAUUAAAGAGUUUGCUGACAACAUUGAGACCUCCUUGUGUGACACAGAGGAAGAAAUAAAAUCUGAAAUAACAUCUCAGAGUGCUGAGUUUGUACUCUCCAGGGUCACUCUGAAACCUCAGGAUGAAUUGUUUAAGAGGGUGUUUGGUUGUGGAAAGCAGUGUCCAUUCUGCAGCGUGCCUUGUGAGGCUGGAGGUGCUGCACAUACUGAGCACUUUGCUUCUGUUCAUCGACCUAAAGGUCUAGGACAAUACAGAUGGAUUCAAACAGAAAUUCUUACCCAUGACAUCUGUACGACAUCUGUAGUUUCAAAUACCAAAUUCAGAAAUUCGUUGACUGAUGGUAAGCUUGUCCCUUACAAAGAUUACCGCGAGUACUACCCAGAUUGGCUCAUUGCUCCCGACUCAAGUAUUGAAGCCUCUGACUACUGGAAGUUUGUGCUUAAAGAGUUUAAUGAGCAAUUUGCAGAAGAAUAUGAUGCUAAACCAGCAGAUUACCCUAAAGAAUGGGAUGAAAUAACCAAAGAGCAAGCACUUGCAAAUCUUAAAUCAAGCUUCAGCAUGCAAUAAAAUGAGAACAUUAAUCUAUCUCAAAAUCAAAUACUCACUGGAAUAAAGAUAAAUCAAUCAUAAACAUUUUUUUUAAGCAUUACAUUUAUAUGUAGGUGUCUCUCAAUCACAUCCAGAGCCACACUUAGGCCCAGAUUAAAUGUGUUGCACUAAUGAUAGCGCAGGAUGCAAUAUCAAUAUCACUGGACCGCGCUAAAAAUAGCACACAAACUGAUAUUACAAACCCACGGAAAAACUGAUUUACUAGAGAAGGUUUAGCUCAGCUGGCAUCCCUUUAGUGUGCCCUAUUAUUUCAAUGGAUAUAGUGACCACGCUAAACAUUGUUCAUAUUGUAAGUUAAAAGUUACAGAUUGCGCUCAAAUGAAAGCCAAAAUAGUACUAGAAGAAUUAGCCUGACCUGAGACAUGUAGUAAUGUUUAAGGGUUAAAAUAUAAGUUUCAUAAAACACAUGUAAUACUUGUUGAAAUAAAGUAUUACAUGGUUUCAUUAAUUACAUUUUACACUAUUUAAUUAAAAUACCCAGCAAUGUAAUUGUCUGUUAAUUGAUUCAUGUGUUAUCCAACAAGUGUGUAAGCAUCAGUUUUCUUCUUGUCCAAUCCUUGCACCAUAAAAAAAAUACUUUAAAGAUUUGUUGUGCUGCUGUUGGCUUGUAGCAGUAGCACUAGCUACUCCUUUAAUUAAACGGAUAGAGCACUAUGAAUGUUUCUCCCCUUCAAUGUGUUCUCAGUGAUCUAUUUUAUCUGCUGUAGUGUAUUACAUUUUUUACAAAUAACUAAUUUACAUUUUUUUGUUAUUUGAAAUAACUGCUUUUACCUUUGAAAUUGCCACUUAAACUGAAAAUGUAAAUACUGCGGUUUUGGCUAUAGGAUAGUUAUGUAAACAAGAAGCAGCUGAAGAAAUCCCAUUCCCAAUGUGUGUGAGAGCAAUACAAACUAAAAAUGUUAUUUUCAGUUUUUCUGGAUUAAGCAUGUACCUUUGUGCCUUUUAGCUCUAAACGAAGGCUGAAGAUUGCAUCCACAAGUGGCAUUCAGCAAUGAAACAUAAACGCUUCAGUAAACACUGCUGCUGCUGGUGGGAGGAGCUGGAGCACAGUCUGGUUAGAGGGACAGUUAGACCCUCUAGUAAUGGGCAGUAACACUUCCUACAAUACACUAAAUGCAAGCCAGUCAGUGGUCCUUCUGUGUGAUCUCCCUGCACUGUGUGUAACACAUGGGGGCCCAUUUAACAAGCUCUGUAUGGAGCUUGUGGGCCCGCCAGAAACACAAGUUAUGCAGCAGCGCUCUAAAGACCACUGCUCCAUAACCCAUCGCCACAUUUCAACCAGAUCGAGUACGAUCUGGUUGAUUGACACCUCCAUGCUGACGGCCCAUUGGUCACGAGUCUGCAGGGGGUGGCGUUGCACCAGCAGCUCUUGCUGAAUACGGAGUGUAUUGCUCUCCGCAUUCAGCAAAGUCUUUCGGACCUGAUCUGCACUGUUGGAUCAGGUCCGCAAGACCUUUGAUACAUAGGACUCAUGGUGCUUACAUUUCUGUGUGGCUUGCUCUGGGGUUAUUUAGCUCCCCUCAGGAGAUAUAGGACUAUGGCACUUUAAGUGGGUGAGACUCUGUGACAGAGGAGGUGUCUCAGGCCCAAAGGCAACAAUUCAUCCCUUCAUUGGUUUUAAUUUGCUUUCAUUAACCAAAAUGUAUAGAUUAUAUACAUAUAAAUACAGUGUGUGUGUAUAUACAUAUAUACAUAUAUACAUAUAUAUAUUAAUUGUUAGGGGGUGGAAGUCUUAGUGAGUUCCCACACUUUUUUGCAGGACUUGAUCCCUGCAUCUUUGGUAUUCAUUUAGUGCUGAAAGGAACAAAUGCAAAUGCCUACUGGGGUAUUGGCCUUUGUGUACCUAGACAGAGACAAAAUAAUGAGGCCUUUAACUAGAUUAAGAAAGAUAAAAUAAGUAAUCUGCUCUCCCUGCAAGCUCAGACAUUGUGAAUAGUUUGUGGUUUAAAUGAAUAAAAACUGCUAUUUCCUAUACAAAAAUAAAUAUAAAGGUAUAAUUUCACAUACACUUUAUACUCAGCAGCUGGUAUAACAAGUCAUUGGAAACAUAGCAAAGGGACAUGAAACCAAAACAAUUUCUUUAAUGAUUAAAAUAGAACAUACAUUUUUAACCCAUUUUCAAAUUUACUUCUGUUAUGUAAUGUGCUUUGUGUUGAAAAUAAUACCUCAGUAUCCUCAGGAGCAGAAAUGCACUACUGGGACGUAUCUGCUGGUUGGUUGCUCACCUGAUGUGUUCAGCUAGCUCCCACUAAUGUAUUGCUGCUCCUUCAACAAAGAAUACCAAGAAAAUGGAGGGAAUUUGAGUAAAUUGGAAACUUGUUUAAAAUUCUAUGGUCUAUCUCAGAGGUUUUCAAACCUGUCCCAAGGCCUCCCUAACAGGUCAGAUUUUUUCAGCAUUACCUUGUGUGAGAGCAGGUUAAUAACCAUAUUUACUAAUCAUCUGAUUAUUUCACCUGUGCUCCAGUUCAUAUAUCCUGAAAAUCUGGCCUGUUAGGGAGGUCUGCAAACCCCUGCUCUAUCUGAAUCAUUAAAAAAAUGGGUCUUAUUUCCCUUUUAGUGGAACAGAUAUAACAAGUCAAUAUCCCUUUAAAUUUAAUCUGCUGUUUAGAUGUUCCCCAUAGAAAAUAAGGGGUUAACAUAUCCAUCUGAACUGAAUGAUCCCAGGAAAUGAUUCUUCUGAAUGGUCCAUUCAACAGAAUUGUUUGUGCAAAAGUUUAUUAACCACUGUAUAUAGUGAUGACCAGAUGUUAAACUUCAGAUUAAGCAUUAACUCAUUUAGUGCCAUUAAUCUCUGUGAUUGCAUCUUUUUGAUGCUUGUUUGCAAAUUUAUUAGCGGGCAAACCAGCAAUGUAGCACACGAAGGGCCAGAUUACAAGAGGAGCGCUAUUUAACACUCCCGCUCGAGCAUUAAUUGCACUAGAAAUAAGCUUUUUGCACGCAUCGGGUUGCGUUCGUAUUACAAUUUGAAAGUAAAUUGUUUUUGCUUGUGCACUAACCCAGAGAGGGCAAAAAGCCAAACUUAGAAUAACACCCAACUCACGCACAAACCCGAUCGCAUUUUCUCAUUUGCGCUAACCCGACAUGAAAAUUUGAAUAUUUCGAAUUCUGAUGUUCUUCACAUACAAUAAUGUGUUCUAUUUAUUCAUAAAUACACAAAUAUAUAUUGGACUAUCUAUUUAUAAAUACAUCGAACAUAUUCUGCUAUGUGCAGAAAUAUUUACAGAGGUAAAUACAUAGGGGCCGAUUUAUCAAUGUCUGGCGGACAUGAUCCUCUGUAGCGUAUCAUGUCCACCAGACAUCGAUGAAUGCCAACAGCAUAUGCUGUUGGCAUUUAACAUUACACAAGCAGUUCUGGUUAGAUUUAACAAGCAGUGGAUGCUGCUUUAUCCGUCCGAAGUUUCCAGCUCGUCGGAAACAUAAGUUAAGAAGCAACGGCCGCAAGACUGCUCCUUAACUUAACUUGAAAUUUCCUAUUAAUUAGACAUGUGCGUUUCGUUUCAUUCUGAAUCAAAAUUAGGACAAAUUCGGAGAUUCGAAUCAAUUUGAAUUUCCGAAUUACCCUAGCAACAAAAUUAAACUAAUCCGAAUGUAUUUGUAACAAUAAAUCCGAAUUAGUACCAUUCAAUUCAAUACAAUUCAAUACAAUUCAAUUCAAUACAAUUCAGUAACUUGGAAUUUAAUUCAAUUCAAUACAAUACAAUUCAGUAUAAAAAUUUAAUUUAGCGAGAUAGAACAGUGAAAUAAUUCUGUUUGUGUAACUUGGAAGCAUCUGAAUCAACAUAACGAAUUUAUUAACUGAAUCCGAAACUAAUAUAUCUGAAUACAUCCGAAUUUAUUCGAAUCCGAAUGAAUACAAACCAAAUACAUUCGAAUGUAUUCGAAUUCUAAUCGAUCCGUAACGAACCAAAACAAAUUUUUCCGCUGUGCACGUCUACUAUUAAUGCCAAAAUUCUCCAUCAGCAUUAGAAUCAGAAAAAUGUUUUGAUGUCACAUUCUGCAGCCAUGGAAUGUUUGCUUGUGUCUUUGUGAUAUACAGUUUUUUGGCAAUGUCUAAGACUUUACUAUUAGAAAAAUGUUUCAUAAUACCAUGUGCAAAUAGUUAAAAGCAUUUGAAAUUUUAGCAUACACUAAAGCUGUUUUUUUUCUUCUUUGCUUUGACAAGAUCCGAUAUUGCGGAUCAUGUCCGCUGCACAUCUAUAAAUGCCGACAGCAUACGCUGUUCAGAGCUUGAUAAUUCGGUCCCUUAGUGAAUACAUUUAAUACAGAACGCUGCAUGAGAACUAACACUUUUUAUGACUAAUACAUGAUUGUUAGACAUUGUGCAGGGGGCAUCAUUGCUUGUUCAUAGAGUAUAAUUAUAUAAAAAUAUACAAAAAUAAAUAUAUUGAAGCAAUGACUGAUUUGAGAUAAACACAGAACUGAAACUAGUCAGAAUGGAUUUUGAUUUUAGACAGAACUGAGAGCAGAUUGAAAAAACUAGACUGGCAACUGAAAACCUACAGGAUUUGUUAGCAGAGCUGCUUCCUCACAGAACACAGAUUUUAAGCAGCUGUCAUUACUGAAAUAUCUUCUACAAAGUGUUUUGUCACCUUAUGAGAUGAAAUUACUCCUGUUUGUAAUCACAGUGGUAUGUCUUCCUGCCAGUGUUUUCCAUGUUUAACGAUGAGCCCCUUUAUUAUUUAAUAAAAAGUAAUUUGAUUUCA